GACCGCGGUAGGAGCGAGAAAGGCAAGUCGGGCCUGCACGCCUCUUCCGCCCAGGGCCCGGAAGGGGGAUGUGGCUGGGGUUUCGCCGGCCUCACUAUGUCUGCCAUUUUCAAUUUUCAGAGUCUGUUGACUGUAAUCUUGCUGCUUAUAUGCACCUGUGCUUAUAUCCGAUCCUUGGCACCCAGCCUCCUGGACAGGAAUAAAACUGGGUUGUUGGGUAUAUUUUGGAAGUGUGCCAGAAUUGGUGAACGGAAGAGUCCUUAUGUUGCGGUAUGCUGUAUUGUGAUGGCCUUCAGCAUCCUCUUCAUACAGUAGCUUGGAAAAAUGCCAGAAUUCAGUUGCAAUCAGAUUUAAAUAUGAAAAAAGACUUAUCUGCAGAAAAUAAUGGAAAGAAUGGUUAACCCUUUUAUCUCUGAACAUUGAAUGAGAUAAAUUUUCAGCUGCUGUUCUCUAUUUUUGUUAUUGGACCAAUGUUCUAUAUAAAUAAUUAGGAUGUAACCAUUUAAUACUCAGAGUUUAAAUAUGUCUGUAACAAUCAACCUCAGUACUGUCACUACAAUAUUAUAUUCUGCAUAUGUCAUUCUAUUGUGUCAGAUACCAGUUUUUAGUGAGGUAUCUUUAAGGCACAUAGGAAAACAAAAUCGGUAAAUUAGUUAAGUUCCUUUCACCAUGAUUUGGAAACGAUAAAUCUUUAUAGAAUGAGACUUUUUGGACUAGCUUUUUUAUUGAAAAAAAAAAAAGGUUCAAUUCGUGUUGGUAAGGACUGCAUUCAUAUUUAAUAAUGCUUGCUUUUCCUCUGGCCACAUCAUUUUGAGCAUUAACCAGAAUACCUCUACUGUUAGCAAACUGUAGUUUAUUACAGGUAUUUAAACUAUUUAAAACAAGCCUAUGCAGAUCUUAAGGAGGAAGAUAAAUGAGAAGUGACUUAAGAGUGCUAUUGAGAAAAUGUUCCUAUUUAACAUAAAAGAAUU